UCGGUGAGGUGGCAGCACUGUCGCGUGCCUCUUUCUUUCUGUCAAUUCGCGACAACUAUGGGUAUCGACAUAAACCAUAAACACGACCGUAAGGUUAGGCGCACCGAACCCAAAAGUCAGGAUGUGUAUUUACGUCUUUUAGUUAAGUUGUACCGUUAUUUGGCCCGCCGUACGGGCUCAAAAUUCAACAAAAUCAUCCUCAAACGCCUGUUCAUGAGCAAAAUCAACAGACCCCCAAUUUCCCUCGCACGUGUUGUUAGGGCAAUGAAGAAACCAGGCCGUGAAGGUCUUACUGCUGUCAUUGUUGGAACCGUGACAGACGACGCGCGUAUUUGGGAAGUCCCCAAACUAUCAAUUUGUGCAUUGCGUGUAACUGGAACUGCCAGAGCCAGGAUUCUCAAAGCAGGUGGUGAAGUCAUCACUUUUGAUCAAUUGGCUCUGAGGGCGCCCACUGGGGCCAAAACUGUGCUUUUACAAGGCAGACGCAACGCACGUGAAGCUGUUAAACACUUUGGACCGGCUCCUGGUGUGCCACAUUCUCACACUAAGCCGUUUGUGAGAACUAAGGGAAGGAAGUUUGAGAGGGCUCGCGGCCGCAGGCGCUCAUGUGGAUACAAAAAAUAGGCAUUUUUUGCUUGCUGUACUCAUAAGUUUUGUAAUAAAUAGUGUGUGCAGUGCAUAAA